AUGAAUAUUGCAGUGAACAAUGUGGAAGAAAAAGCUGUCCAUUCCUGGUCGAGAAUUUCCUCUGCAGGACAGAAAGUGCUGGAGGAAGCUCUCCGAGUCUUCAACCCGAUGUCCAAGGACCUUUCAGACACAGAGACCCAGCUGGUGGCCUUCAUUCAGGGCCUGAAGGAGGAGGGCUACCAGCCCACGAUUCUGAGGAGUAAGGAUGUGUACGGGUACAGCUCGUGCACGGCAGACACGCCCAGCCAAACAAAGGAGGGCACCCCCCAGAGCUGUGCCGAGCCCGCUGAGGGUCUGUCUGGAAGCGCCGUGGCCGUGCCGAAGGCGGCUGCUUUGCCCACCAGCGUUUCGCUGAAUUCAAAAGUCUCCGCUCAGCCUGUCUCUAAAGGAGAUUCCACUAAUAUCCUCCUGACCUCCUUGAAGCAGACGAGAUCCGGCACGUCCAAGGCCGCGGCGGUGGGCUUCCCUGCAAGCAUGUAUCCUGAUGUGUACCCAGCCGUGAGACUGUCGGUGGUUCUGGAAGCUCUGGUGCCGCUGAAAACCACCGCGUCCUGUUUGGAGUCCAAGUACACACGAGGGCGUCUUGGCAUCUCACCCUCGGACCUUAAACUCCUCAAAGCUUCCAGUCUGCAGAGGCAGUUUUCUUCAGGCAAGGCCACUAAGAUAACAGAAGGUAAGGGGUACAACAAGCGUUUGAUAAAGAAAGCACCGGAUUCUGCCACCCUCACUUUGAAUCUUCUGAAGGGACCAAAGGGUGGGGUGCUGCAGGAGAGCAACGCUUGCAAAGCCUCGGGAGUCCUCAACGGCCGAGUCACGAGCAGCUCGUCACAGGGCUGCACCACAGCACCACAGUCCAAGACCUUGAAAAUCACAGAUAAGGAACCUCUGGUGGGAAAAACGGAGUGGAAGGACGACAGCACUUAUCGAGAGAGCGUCGGGCAGAAGAGGAGAAGAGUCACGGAGGCAAGAGAAGCGCCGCAGAGAAAGAAAGCAAAUACCGUUCCUGUGCGAAGUACAUCCCGACAGGCUCAGAGCACUUGGAACCUGCUGAAAUUCUGGGCCAUCAAGGUGGGAAACUCUUCUUCUGAUGAUGAAGUGAGGAGGAGAGCACAGAAAAUUCUUAGAGUCAACCUGUCCCCCGUGAUCCGGAUUCAGCCCUUAUCCCACUGUCACAGCGUUCCCUGA